CUCCACGCUUGCUCUUUUCUUCGGUCCGUCUCAAUCUGGAUUAUCAUUUUUUUUUCCGGUCCGUCUCAAUCUGUCUUUAUGGAGCUCGCUUCCUCUCUGCUGGCUGUUGCUAGUUGGAAUCAUCCACUCUGCAGUCUACUACACACUCCAUCGAAGCCCUACCGAUCUCAAUCUACUUUUCCUUAAUCCAAUCUUUGCUCUCGACGCUCUCCCUCUUCCUGGAUCGCCUCUGUUUGGGUCCUUCACUCUCUCCUGCGCCGUAGCCAUCUGAAACCCUAAUUUGGUGUUCGCAGCCUCGAUCCCUGAUCCGUUGGGUGCGGAUGUCGAGUGGCGGCAUCUAUCUUCCUGAGGAUCUCUUCCCCUCGAAGUCAGCGGGCGAGGCUUGGGCCGGGAAAGAUGUUAUCGUUGGUGCAAAUGACGGUGGCAAGAACCCUUUGGAUGCCCUCGAUGUAGGAAAAGAUCAAAUGACUUGUGAUGAUAGUAUUCCUCUCUCUUCCCCGUGGUCAUCUACUAAACCUAGCGACAGCAAGGAUAGUUGGCUGUGUAUUCCUGUAUCUUCUGGAACCUUGACUGACUCGAUUCAGAAGGAUGCGUGGCAUCUGGAUGGAUCACAGGAUAUUAAAGAAUGGAGAAGGAAUGCUGUUGAUGUUGAAAGUUGUCGCCGUUGGCAUGAAGAGGAGAGGGAAAGUUUGUUGCUUGGUAGGAGAGAACGUAAAAAGGAAGGGGAUUGUGAAGCUGAGAAUCUCCAGAGUGAUCGUCGUCCAGACAAUACUCCUAUAAGAGAAGUUGCUGAGUCUAAGAUUUUGCCUUCAUCCGAUAGGUUGCUUGAAGUUCCUAAAUGCAGCUCAGGGAAUGAGAAUCGACGUGAUAGAAAAUGGUCAUCGAGGUGGGGUCCUGAGGACAAAGAGAAGGAAACCUGGACAGAGAAAAAGAUGGAUAUUGAGAAAGAUUUUUAUAUUGAAAAACAAUCAUUUACUUCUUUCCUCCGUCCAUUAUCUGGGUCUGAUUCCCGUGAUAAAUGGCGGCCACGUCAUCUCCAGGAAAUUCAAUCCAGUGGUUCUACAAUGCUCCGUGCUGCUCCUGGAUUUGGUUUGGGAAAUGGCCGUAUAGAUGGUUCAAAUUUGGGAUUUGCUCGUGGUAGGGGGAGAUCAAAUUCUGUUGCAGGAUUGCAGCUUAACAGGUCUGUGGUGGCUGGCCCUGUUGGUGCACUUUCAGCAAAUAAGUCUUUUUUCCAGUAUCCCAGGGGAAGACUUCUUGAUAUUUAUAGAAAGCAGAUAGUAUCGAUCAUUGAUGCUACCCCUGAGGGUUUUGAGGAUGCUCCUCCUAUAACAGAAUCAAGUUUUAUAGCUCCUUUGGCCUUUGCCACACCCUACAAGGAGGAAGACGUUCUACUGAAAGAUAUCUGGAAUGGGAAAGUCACAAGCAGUGAAGUGAGUUCAAGUGAGAAAGGAGCUACUGGCAGUGAGAAUGAUCUAGAUAAAGGCAAGAUCCUGAUUGAAAAGAAAUAUGGUGUAAAUGAAUCUUCUAAGCAUCUUAAAGAGCUGGAUUCUAACCACAGAAGGAUUGAGGAUACUAUCAUCCCUCUAAUCAAUUUGGUUACUGAUAGUCUGACCCCAAAGGUUGCAGAGCAUGAUGUUCGUCAUGAUAAUUCUGUUACAAUUGGCAGUUCAAAUGAGAUUGAAAUAUUAAACAUUGAUAAACAAUCAAGAAAGUCAGACAAUUUGAAGAAUAUGAAGACAGAAGAGGAGGAUUCCAUUGCUAAUUCUGAUAGCAGUUCUGUGAUAUCUGAUGCUCCAUAUAGUUUGUACAAUGCAUAUAACAAUAACGCCAAGCAAAAGCUUUCAGCAGGUGUCCAUCUUCCUGAGGAGUUGAAUUUGUUUUACUUAGAUCCUCAAGGAGAUAUUCAAGGGCCAUUUCUAGGUCUAGACAUCAUCUCAUGGUUUGAACAAGGCUUCUUUGGAACUGAUUUACCAGUGCGUUUACUGGGCGCUCCUGAAGGCCUGCCUUUUCUUCCACUUGGUGAUGUUAUGCCUCACUUAAAGGUAGGGCUUGGUGGUAACUCUACUGCAUAUCUUGGUGAAGGAUCUGAAUAUUUAUACAAUACAAAGGGAAGCGUGGAUGAGUCUGUUUCUGCUGCCCAUGCUAUUGGGUAUUUGGCUGCAGAUGAGCAACAAGUGCAAUCACGGGAUUCUCUGUGUCCUGUAAAACCUGAUGUUACUGAAGUUGAAACCUCCAGAUAUCUUAACAAAGACAAGGUAUUGUUUCCUAGCUCAGACAUAACAAUAGGUACAGUUGGUGGUGAAGCUUACCUCUUUCAUGAUUUUCCUGGACAGGAUGCAGAAGUAUUGUAUAAGAGUGUGCACACGAGUAACAUUGAAGAAGAAUCAGAGAAGCUCACUAAUAACAUCUCUUCAUCAAGGUUAACCACAGAUCACCAGUACAGGGUGACAGGAAUUGGAAAUACUAGUUCAGUGCGUCACAACAUUCCAAGAGAUAGUGAGUUAAAUCCUCUUGGAUUAUUGUGGUCUGAAUUAGAACAAACUGAUAAGAAAUUGCCCCUUUCAUCAACUAUUCCUGGUUCUGCAGAGCAUUUCACUGGCCACCAUGAUUUUGCAAGAAAUACUUCCCCAUUUAUUCACAAUCAAGAAAAUUUCAAUUCCUUCAGUGACUUUCCCAGUGACUCAGGGAAGAACCAGUACAGGAGCUACAGUUCAAAUAUAAUUCAUGAUGUUCUUGAUGCAAAUAACCUAUUACAAUUAGAUGCCAAUGAAAACCAUUUUGGCUUAGAACAGCAUCUGCUCUCGAAGCAAUUGCAGGAGGAGCAGCUUCAGCAGCAAUGCUUACUGUCCAAUCAUAAUGUUGGCUUGCUUGGACGUGAACAAUUGUAUGAAACUAUGCAUCAUCACCAUUCUGUUAACCAACAACCUAUGGGGGAUCUAGAGCGCAUGCUGAAGUUUCAGUUUGAGCGGCUACAACUUGAUCAGUUGCAGAAACAACAACUGCACCAGAGCCAGCAGCAAAUGCAUGAGAAUCAGAUGCUAUUGUUACAGGAUCAUCUUCAACAUCAUGAACGACAGCCACAACCACCACCACAGCAGAUGCAUCUUGAACAUUUAUUGCAUCAUCAAUUACUUGAACCUGGUUUCAGGGAAUCAAAUAGUGAUCCUCACAGAAAGAAUAUGAUUGAUCAAGCUCAUUUUAGGCAGCAUUUCUUGAAUGAGCUACAACAACAAAAUCACGACCAGUCAGAGUUAGUGCAUUAUGAUCCUUCUCUAAUGCAACUUAUCCUAGAAAAUCUAGGACAGAAUUUCCAACAUGAGAAUCACAAUGAUUUGUUGGAGGUUCUGUCUCAUGCAAGGCCGAGGCAGGUACAGCAGUUUCUGGGACGAGGUCUCACCGAUGAUCUAAGGAAGCUGCCAGUCAUGGAAGAAGAGAGACAUGAAGGUGGAAUUUGGGCAGUUGAUGAAGCUGGUCAGUUCAUUCAGACUGUAGAUAGUUCACACCAGAACCAUGCUGCUAGGCUUAGCCAAUUAGACACUAGGCAAAUACCACAGGGACCUGCUUCACUGGUGUUGCCCAGUCAUCUACAGCAAGACUUUCUGUCAACUAAAAGAAGGUUCUAUGAGCAUGAGCCACAUUCUUCUGAUAUGUCCAUGCAUACACAUGCAGGUAUUCCUUGGUCAAACUUGGAACUCAGGAAUGCCUUAACGAAAAUUCAAGGGGUUAGUGAUCAGUUGAAUCCUUCAACUGAUCAUUCUCAUCAAAGCCAGAUCUUUAAAAAUUUCACUGGAUCUCACAUGGAUGCAACAGAGAGGCAUUGGUAUGAGCCAAGUAGGCCGUGCUCUGCUGACUUAUUGGAAUCUCACCUGAAGCAGCUGCAAAUAGAAACUGAAAAACACAGGAAUAUCAACAUGGGUCUCCCCACCGCAGACUCACCCAUGUGGGAAUCACAUGUAGGUAUUGACAGAAGCUUGGAAUAUGGAAUGAGAGACUUGCUUCAUCAUGGAAUGCUUCAAUCUCAUGAACCAAUAUCACUGGCAGAUGCUGCUCCUAGAUCAUCCUUCAAGGGAAGGGAUCCAUCUAGGCUCUACCAUGGACCUGCUUCAGAGAAUUAUUUUAAUCUUAAUACUGAUAGAUUAGGACUUGGUGGUUCUUUCUUGGAUUGCUCCCUUUAUCUGGAUGGGAAGCAACCAAAUGAACAACUGGUAAACAAAAAUUUGGAAAUUAGUGCUAAUAACUUCAAUAGGAAUAUGAGAUCAACUCUGAGAUCUAGCUCUGUUACAUCACUUGAACAGAAAAUUUUCCUCUCUGAUAUGAACUUGAUUGAAAAUGAAAAAUUCAUGGAUUCUAUGAGUGGUGUUUCCUUACAAACACUAGAUUUCUCCAAUGUGAAAAAGGAGAAGGAGAGGAUGAAAGUUCAGAAAAGCACUGCAAACAAUAGAUCAGCACUGGAAAGAGUAAGUGGAAUUAUGCAAGGAUUUGACAGUGAAGUGGUUAACAUUGGCAAAAUUUGUAGACAUGAUUCCUAUGGAAAAAUUGGUGGAGGUUUAAACUUCUACAAUUAUCAAAUGGGGCUUGAUAUCCUUCAGAGUGGGGACGAGAUGAUAACCAAUGAUAUAAUUUCUGGUGAUUCCAUAAACAAUGGUGUUGACCAAUUCAUAGAACGAACAUGUAAUCCUCAGUCUACUUCAAAUACCACACUGUUAGGCUCAACUUUUUUUCAAUCCGCAAACGCAAACCAUCCUACCCGUGUUGGAUUUUCUGAGGGGGUAAAGCCAGUCGCCAACCAUAAUUCUGCAUCCCUGUCUUCUGAGUUAUUAAUCUCUAACAAGCAUGACACAAUAUUUCACCAAACUUCUAGCAGCGAUGCAGAUAUCGGUGAACCUUCAUUUAGUGACAUGUUGAAGAGCACCAAAAUGUCCAUUUCUGAGCUUGAGAACACAGAAGCUGGCUCAGUCGGUAAAAAUGUCAAAAGGAAGGGAAAGAAAGGCAGGCAGAUCGAUCCAUCGCUUCUGGGUUUCAAAGUUCAUAGCAAUCGCAUCCUGAUGGGUGAAAUCCAGCGGCCAGACGAUUGAGACUAUGCAUUGUUUCAUUCCAAUUCUACAUAAACCCACAUUCUUUCUUCUUCCUUUCCCAAGGAAUCAUUUUAUGUAACCUUUUAGUUGAAAGAUGUGUAAAGUGUAUCUCUGUAUAUAUUUUUUCUCUUUUCGAAAUCUAUGAGGCCUUUGAUUAUGUGAUAUUGCCGGCAUGUUGUAAUCAGUGUACAGAGCAAUGAAAUCAAAUAAGCCAUUCUUGUUUUGUUGGCA